AUGGAGACCAUCAAGAAGGUCGUUCCCUUCACUGGAUCGAAGAAGGACGAGUCCGGCCAAGAGCCAGUGUCCGGAGUGGAAGGCCAAGGCACGUCGACUGAGCCUUACGACGCGGGCAACCAGGAAGAGCAGCCAGAGCUAUCAGGCAAAGCUCCACGACACACAGAUGCAAAGGAAGAAGCACCAGCACCUGAUACUUCUGCUGCGGAGAAGACUGCUCCCUCACAACCGGCAGACAGUAAGUCUGACCAGCCUGCCGAGGCCACCGCCAACGGCACAUCUGGAGAUGCUAAGUCGUCGCCAAAGCUCAUUAAGAAGCCAACGAUUGGGAGCUCGAGUUGGUUCACAAAUGCCAAUCCGUUUACUAAGAGCAGCACCGACUCUGACGCGGCUGGUGAACAGUCGGUGGAUCCGAAGACGCCCGGUGUAGAAAAGACACAGGCUGAAGCUGGUGGCGAAGUGUCGAAGACUGCUGACAAGUCUGAGUUGCCUCCGAACCAUCUGGGCGAGGAUGUUCCCCCGGGCCUCGAUACAGUUGUAGUAGAUCCAACUGAGAACGUAAAUCACGCGACAGAUCCCGCCUUCGCCUCUGGCAACUCAGAGCUCCCCAACCAUCUCGACGACAAUGUUCCUCCAGGCCAAUUGGCGGCGCCCAUGGGUAAAGGCAAGGGCAAGGCGAAGAUGACCGAUGCAGACUACGCAGAAUACGACAGCAGCAGUGCGGCUAGCAACCGAUCAACGGGAACGAGGAAUGAGUCCGUCGCUACAGACUACACGAUCACCUCCAAGAAUACGUACUCGACCGCAGGUACUGGAGCUUCAACUCUGGCUUCUAGGAGACAGUCUGCCGUGCAAGCUCCUCACAGCCAAGGCAAGACUAUCACGGCUGGUGGCAUUCCGCUGGGUCAGAGGGCGAUGCUCGAGCGUGAGAGGCGCUUGAGCAGCAUCAUCCCCGAACGCGACUUCGGACGAAUCGACGACAUCACCUCCUCCAACACCCAGCGAAACUCUGGCGUCGGCUUCUCAGACGCCGGCCCAUCCCUUUCGAAACACCAAGAUUUCACUCCAUCCACCCGGGCCCCGGCGAGCACCUCACCCAACACCGACGAGCCCAUCAAAGACGCCCGCGUGUCCUCGGUCGAUAGCAAGACCGCAAGUCCCACGGAAACGAGGAACAACCGCCGCCACUCGAGUGUCAUUGACAAGGCGAAGGGCUUGGGGAGGAGGUUUAGUCAACGCAUCAAGCCUUCGAAAUGA